CCAGGCGAGUGUGGGAAACGGCAACUUGUGUGAAACCCACAACGUUUCCCCAGCCAGGGACGGGUAUAAAUAGAGGAAGGGCUGGGGAGGUUGCAUCCAGCUGAUAAGGCAACCUUUCAAAGUCCCCUGCUCUCUCUUGACUCGCCCACCGACCGAGGAAAUGGCCCCCGCUGGCAGCGUCGGAUGCCACUUACCCCUGGAGGGAGAGAAGAGGCUGGCCAAGGAAAAAAAUAAGCUGAGGAAACCAGUGGUGGAGAAAAUGCGCCGUGACCGAAUUAACAGCAGCAUCGACCAGCUAAAAGUUUUGCUGGAGAGGGAAUUCCAGUGCCAUCAACCUAACACCAAGUUGGAAAAAGCUGACAUUUUAGAAACCGCCGUCAGUUAUUUGAAGAAACAGUGUCAGAUGCAGGAAUCAGGCGGGAGAAACCCCGAAUUCGAUUUCCACACGGGUUACCUGCGCUGUUUACGGGAAGCCUUCUCUUUCCUCUCCUUCUGCCAGUCCAAGAGGGAGACCCAAGCGCGGCUCAUCAAACACUUCUGCAACGUUCACACCCUCUCCGACGCCGACGCCUUCUCCCUCCUCUCGUCUCCUGCGCCCAAGAAGCCGCCGGCGGAAAAGAGGCCCACCCUGGCGGCCUCGGCCUUCAUCUGGAGGCCGUGGUAGAGCAGGUGGCCUGAGAACCAUCAAGCCACGGAACAGAUGUCGCCCCGCGGAAGCUGUGGGAGCGCCA